AUGCGUGCUUCAGCUGUGAUGCUUCUCCCUGUGAUGGUGAUGGUUUUCGGCUUGUGUAACCAGGUUGUUUCCCAGAAAGUGCAUGCAAGUAUCGAAAACAGAUUAGACAAUGGGAAAAACCUUACAGUACACUGUCAAUCCAAAGACGACGAUCUUGGGCAACAGAAUGUUGCCGACGGAAGUGAAUUUGGGUGGGACUUCGCUGUCAAUGUAGUGGGAACCACAUUAUUUUACUGUGAUAUGGAAUGGGACCAGUACCAGUACCAUUUUGAUGCGUAUGCUUUCAACAGGGAUUAUGUUAGAUGUGAGAACCAAUGCUUAUGGCUUGUUUCCGCUGAAGAUCAGGACUCCAUUGAUCAUCCUCCAGCUGUCUAG